ACUUUUGCCAUUAAUUGGAUUUUUUUUAUUUGGGCAUGCAAGAUCCUUGUGAUACAGAGCUAGUCUUGGAAGAGUUCAAGCCAGUCCAAAGGUUUCUCUCGUUUCCGAGAGUUCGAAAAUGGCUCUUCCAUAAUGUCCCCGAAGAAGGUUUCUUUGUGGAAGGGUUUAAGAAGUCUUGUGUUGCAGUCGAAAUGCACCCUCCUCGACUGGAUGAUGUCAAGUCCAAACGAGACGGACGAAACUUACGUGUCCAACUUCAUUCCAGUUCAAAUGGCGAAAACUGCCUAAAGUUAUUAGUUCCUAGUCAUUUUGAGGAUGGAUUUCUUUUCAACUUUGUCUUUGGCGAAUUGUACCUUGUAAGUCCGUCACGUUACGUGCGACGUGAGUUUGAACCCUUUUGUAAACGAUCUGUUUAUGAUAUUGAAAGUGGAGAAGUUCUUGAGUGUAUUUGGUACCAAAACGGAAUUGUGGUUCUCAAUUAUGCCAGAUUUCUGACGCUUUGCCAGCAAUUCUAUCAUGCUUUCAUAUUUGCUGCCAAUUAUGAAGACAGAACCCCAGGAAAGUUUCUGGAAAGUACGAAGCUUAUUUUAGAACGUGCUGUUUGUGGUUUUUGUGGGUUGCCUGGUUCACAUUGUCGUUGUCAUAAACGAUUCAAUGAGUUGGUCACCAAACACUCGUUUAUUUCAUCUCUAUCUACCGGUGCAAGUCUUUCGUUGGAGAUUCCUUUUGACAUUUUAAGGGCCAUUCAUUUUGGAAACUUUCGCUGUAGUUUAAGACAUUAUGGUGGAAAGCAUUAUUCUUCUCUUGGUUUAAAAUUUGACCCAUUAUCUUGUCCACAGUUGGAAGUCUCUAUCUCUUCUGAGAUGGUUGUAAGAGAAAUGCCGAAACCAACGUUUGCAUUCUUAUCGCAUCGAAUGGUUCAAUUAUUAUUAGCUUCAUUAGGCAUUUCAAGAUUAUUACAGUCAAGUUCAUCUACUUUUUCGCAUAGCAGCAGUUUAAAACAGACGAAUAAUGACGCAGAGUUGGAGAUCCCUGUAGUUUCCGAGGCUGCCAGGAAUCGUAAGAUGAGAAGAGAAGUAUUAUUAGCAAGAAGACAAAAGAGAGAAAGAGGGAAGAAGAGUAAACGGAAAGAUGAAAAUAGUUCUUCACUUCAAACAUCAUUUCCUGUAUCUUAUUUAGAGUCAGUCAAUGAUGAAGAGAAUUCUUUCAGUCUAAAAGUUCGAAUGCCAUUUGAGGAUAAGAAGUUGAGAAAAAAGAUUCGUAAUCGUGAAUAUGCGAGAGAGUCAUACAAUAGGCGAAAGGCACGUCUAGAUCAGUUGGAAGCCGAAAACCAAUCCUUGAAAAUGGAGAAUGAGAUGCUCGUUCGUGAAUAGAAAUUUUUCCGACUUAUUUCCGUUCU